AGAUCCCUUUUACGUUUGUUGUUAUUAUUUUUUACCCAAAAUGACUUCAUCAGAUGAUCUGUUAUCAGUGCUUAUCAAUUAGGGGUAUUUAAGCAAUAGUCAAUAUUUCUUUGUUCGUAGUGCCGUCUUGUCUGCUGUGGAAAGAAGGUGUAGUAAAACUCCAUAUCAUGAUUACACACGACAGCGCCCGGGAUAGGCGUGUCGCGUUGAAAGACACCCUGGAAGCCGAUCUAACAGCGGCAGAUUUUCAAUUGUCUCUAUUUGUUGCUGCAGCAAAAUCAUUCAAGUUCGAUUCUUGUUUACAACCGUUCCCAGCUGAUUAUAUUAUCAAUGGAGAAAAAGAUAUCACUGAACUGAACCAAGCACUGGAUGCUCUUCCUGCCUUGGACAAACUGACGGUCGAUGAUCUCGAAAAUCGAUCAGUAGAUCUGCUGUAUUGGAUUAUGUGCAGACAAUCCGGUCCACGAUUGAGGACCGUAUCCACAACCGAUCAUGAUUCUGUUUUAGCCAAAGCCCCAUGCUUGGCUGCAUUCCAGCGGCCACACUACAUAUUCGAGGUACUACAACAGAACGAAUCACGUUCCGAGCGGGUGUUUCGAGAAAACUUGCCACAUUUUCCAUCAUGUCAUGCAUACCACGGAAGUAAGGUGUUCAAUUUUUACUCCAUACUGAACUAUGGCCUUCAGCAACACCUGAAUAAGACUGCUCUGUUCGGGGAAGGAAUAUACCUUUCGGAAGAACUGCACGUGAGUCAAAUGUUUGCCCCGACGGGAGCUGGCUGGUCCAGGUCAGCGUUGGGAAGUCACCUAGCUUGCACGGCUCUGUGCGAAUACAUCGACAAUCCGGCCUACGUGAGAAGCCAGGAAGAAAACCAAAGCACUAAUAUACCGGAGAAGUACAUACUUGUAAAGAAUAAUGAUCUCGUUCAAGUCCGAUAUCUGCUUGUGUAUGGAAGCAGGCGACACCGAAAGCCUACCGGAACGAUUCCCCAACGGAUAACGAGCGGUUACCCGCUUCGGAAAUCCGUUCAACCGUUGCCAGGUCCGUACGCCAGAUGGAUAAGAGCUCACAGAAGCUGGCUCCUGGCAGGUGGAUAUUUCCUGCUGCUGCUGUCUAUUGGAAUGAUGAACAGCAGUAAUGCGCACUACAUGAAGCAGAUGUUUAUGCAAAAAAUUAACUACAUGCGCAAUGCGCUCUUCAAGGCCGUAGCGGAGGGGGAACCGUAAACAUUUAUCUAGCGUUUAUCAAUAGCUUUAAUCGGGACAGUCAACUGGGCAUACAUAUUGUAAAUUAUAUAAUCAAUUAUACAUACGGUGUUUUUAAACAAUGUUUGAUUUCGUGAUGAAAUCAACCUAAUGGCUAUCUAAGUAAAAUGUUCAAUAGACAUUCAAUAACAAAAAUA